AUGGCUUUUGGUGGUUUUAGAUAAACUGAUAAUUCAUUAAUUAUUGACGAUAGAAGAAAAAUCAUUCUCAAUACACGUAGUUUGAAUGAUUUCCAAUAAAAAAUUUAUUUGAGAAAUUUCUUCACCAAUUAUCGUCCUGACUUAUCAAGCUAUGAUUACUUUGCUUUUAAGGAGAAAUUGAGAAUUGGUGAAUUAUUCUUGAACGAAUACAGAAAGCGUAUUAACAAUGAAGUUCGUAGAGCUGCUAUUCUCACUCCUACAUCAUCAUUACGUGAAAAAAUGAAUCAUAAAAUUGCAGAUUAAAUAUUAGAUUUAUCUAGUCCUCAUGUUAGAGGUGCUCACUUCUAGGCUGUUAGAUCAUGGACUGACGCUUCUAAAAUUGUUAACUAUGUUGAAGAAAAGCAAACAAAAAUUAAUAAAUAUGGUCUCUAAUUCCCACUCCUUGGUAAUAUGACUGAAGAAUAGUGUGCUUCUAAGGAAGAUGAAGUCUAUUAAAGAUUACUUAAAGAAAUGCAAAAACCUCCUAAAAAGGCUAGCGAACCUGUUGAAGAAUCCUCAGAUGAAUGA